AUGGAUGGCGCGGCCAGGGAUGCAGCGCUAUUCCCCAUGGGGCAAGGAACCGGACUAGAUCGCCCCCAUACAGGAAAGUGGAAGGCGCAGAAGGGGAAAUGGGAAAUCGCACUGAAGGCUCCGGACACAGGCACAGUACGAAAGGGCACAUUCUCUAUAUACCUGUCUGCCUACUUAUCUCCUCCGAUAUCCCCCUUUCACGCCGCCUUCCUCGCGAGGAGCCAUGCGCUCAGUCUAAGAGAGAGCACCAGAGGGUAUGCAAUGACUGGCCGCACAAGGAGGCUUUUCCGAAGAAAGAGCAAGACAAAGGACGAGAAACCGUAUUCCCGGUCUUCGAGCACCACCAAUACUUCCACCUCAGAGGCAGUAAUCGACACGCCGUCUGACACCUCCUCCGCAUCAGAUUCGUCAUCACUCAACAUGCCAUCCCAUACGAAGGGUGACACGAGUGUCAAUGGUAUCACCAACGGUAUGGCCUCCGCGAAGCUCAAUGGCAACAGCUCGCGACAGCAUAGGACAAUGGCGGAUAAACGGAAGCAGUCCUCGCCCAUGAUGCCCCCUUUUAUGGUUUCCGCGCCUGGGAAGGUUAUUGUGUUCGGGGAACAUGCAGUUGUUCACGGCAAGGCAGCUAUUGCCGCAGCUAUCUCAUUGCGAUCGUAUCUCCUUGUUACCGCGCUCUCGAAAUCCAAACGGACCAUCUCCCUCCGUUUCCCGGACAUCAACCUCUCGCAUACCUGGGAUAUCGAUGAUCUACCAUGGAGCACUUUCUCUCACCCUUCCAAGAAGAAGUCAUAUUACGACCUAGUUACUGAGCUUGACCCUGACCUCGUUGCUGCGAUGAAACCGCAUCUGGCCAAUGUCUCGGAGGAAUUACCGGAAGAUGUACGCAGAGUUCACCAGAAUACCGCCUCCGCAUUUUUAUACUUGUUGUUAUCUCUUGGUUCGCAAUCAUUCCCAGGAUGCUUGUAUACCCUCCGUUCGACCAUACCAAUUGGCGCCGGUUUAGGUAGUAGCGCGUCCGUCUCGGUGUGUCUAGCUGCGGCCCUCUUGCUGCAAAUUCGCACGCUCUCAGGACCACAUCCCGAUCAACCUUCUGAAGAGGCGCGUCUUCAGGUAGAACGUAUAAACAGGUGGGCAUUUGUAGGAGAAAUGUGCAUACAUGGGAAUCCCUCGGGGGUCGACAACACCGUUGCGACACAAGGAAAGGCUGUCGUGUUCCAAAGACAUGAUUACUCGAAACCACCUACAGUCAAGCCCUUAUGGAACUUCCCCGAGCUUCCUCUUCUUCUUGUCGAUACUAAACAAGCAAAAUCUACCGCAGCAGAGGUGGCUAAGGUCGGUGCUUUGAAGAAAGCACACCCUCACAUCACCGAGUCGAUAUUGAACGCCAUCGAUAAAGUUACAGAGGGCGCGGCCGCCUUAAUUGGAUAUGAAGAUUUUGACAGUACCGAAGAAUCAAGUCUCGAGGAAUUAGGAAAAUUGAUGACUAUUAAUCAUGGGCUUCUAGUCGCUCUAGGUGUCUCACAUCCUCGACUUGAACGGAUACGGGAAUUGGUUGAUCAUGAAGGAAUUGGCUGGACAAAACUCACCGGUGCUGGUGGAGGCGGUUGUGCAAUCACUCUUCUCAAGCCGGGCAUCUCUCAUGAGAGGUUGCAACGGUUAGAAGAUACAUUUGACCGAGAAGGAUUUAAAAAAUUCGAGACUACAUUGGGUUGUGAUGGGGUAGGUGUUCUUUGGCCAGCUGUACUCAAGAACGGAAUCGAGGAUGACCAAGGCGGUGAAGAGAUCGAUCAAGAUAAGUUUUUGAACGCUGACGGCAUCGAAGGGGUUGAAGAGCUUGUCGGGGUCCAAGGAGAGAGUGGGGAUCGGGAAGCUUGGAAGUUUUGGAGAGUAGAAAGUUAG